AACAAUAACACACAAAAGGAGCCAAUAGGGGCAUCAUUAGACGACGGAAUCAGUACCUCUACGCUCGUUCAACUUUAACUGGAGUCAUUAGCCAUGGCCAAAGAUAGCAUUCCUCCGCUUCAUACGCUGGACAGGCCUGAAAAGCUCCAGGACAUUCUCAAGCAGGACCGCGGUGAUGACUGCCUUCCCUGCCGGGUCAUUGGCGGAGGGGCUUUCCUUGGUCUUGCCGCAUACAGCUAUUAUUCCGGCCACUCCCAGCUCACCAAAGCCCAAGCCGAGAUCCUAGCCAGCAAGUCCUUCUUUGGUAUGAGAAGCAGGAGGUGGGCCAUCACUGGUCUCUCAUGCGGCAUGGCCUAUCUGGGCUUGUACAGACUGUUCAAGUGAGGCGAUUGGAAAAGAAAAAGACCAGCACCUGUCUUUGAAAUGGGCAGUCCGGCGCAGCUCAUCGUGGUGCUUUCGACAAAAGAGUCAAUGAGAGCACUCCACACAGUUUAGUCGAGAAGGGACGUAGGCGACAGGCUCAGUCAACCGGCGAGACGCAGCCGAGAUUUACCGAGAAUUAACUACAGUGGAUGACGAGAAAUGUCUAGCAAAUGAUACCAUGAUGGCCACACUCGCUCUGCUGAGCUGUUGUUUCGUUAGUGCAACACCGGUAUCAUCACCCGCUCGCGACCGUUCGGCUGUUUCGACCGUCGGAAAGGAAGAUAUUGACGGAGGACGCGGUAGCCGUUCAGAAACGGUUGAUACUUGAAGUCCGUGCCAUACAGUAGUAAGGCGGGACGACCGAGGAGAUCUUAUAAGGAGGGUCUUCGAGCUUGUUUGUCAACAAGGUGGUGGUUGGCCGAGUAGGACUCGGUGAUGCGCACAGCUCAAUACACCUGCUCGAAAGACCAUGGAUUCCAUUCCCAUGGCGGCAGCUAUAUACUCGAUAUUUGCCCAG